AUGGCGUCACCUCACCGCCUAGCACGCAGCCCCAGCUCGGCCUCCCGCGCGGCCCCGGCCUUCUCGACCGCCAACUUCGUGCGCUCUCUCCGCAAGGCAGCAUCCUUCGGUUACAGGAAGCCCAGCGCCGGCGUCGUCGACGCGGCGGGCACGAUGCGACGACGCAGCGCGGACACUGUGACGAGGCGUAGGCGGAGCACCGGGCAGUCGUCGCCUUCCGAGGGCGUCGGCAGAGGGCCGAGCGUGCCGAGGAAGACGCCGGCGACGCCUAAGAAGGAGGACGUGGCGCACCGGGCGCGCGUGCUCACCGCGCGGCUGAUGCAGUGGCGGCUCGCGAACGCCCGGAUGGAGAAGGCCAUGACUCGCGCCACCCACGCCGCCGAGAGCAAGCUGCUGUAUGUGUGGCGGCGGGUGGCCGAGCUGCGCAACAUUCACACGGCGAAGAGAAUCGUGGCGCAGCGGUGGCGGCAAAAGGUGAAGCUGGGCAGGCUCCUGCGCCCGCAGCUGCCCCUCCUCGCCGCAUGGGAGACGCUCGGCGGGCCGCACUCAGACGCUGUGGCGGACCUCGGCCGGGUGCUCUCCGCCGCCUCCACCUCCCUCCCAUUAUCCGACGGCGCCCGAGCCAACCUGGAGCUGUUGCACGAAACCAUGCUUGCUUGCGCGCGCACCGUGGAUGAGAUCAAAGCCAGGGCUGACAUGUUCUAUGCCACGGGUAGUGUCACCAGCAGCUCUGUCGACGAGCUCGCGAGGACAAUGCAGGAGGAGUUGGCAGGGCUCGAGGAGGUCAUGCGGCUGUGCAAGAUUGUCACUAACCUCCAGGGGCGCCCGACAGGGGCCAACCCGGGCGCUGGCCUCGGGCGAGACCAGCGGCGCGACGGGGCCAGCCCGGCCGCCGGCGGCGAGGCAGGGAGGGGCGUGGGGCAAGGUCGGGCCGCGGCGACUGCGGGAAUCCAGGGGCGCGGGCACCAGACACAGCCGCGGGGGCGACGGCCAUGGCGCGAGCGGACAGGGGUGGUCGCGGGGUGGAGGGGGCUCGGCCUGGCGCGCACGCAGGUGGCCAGGUACGCGGGCGCCAGCAGGGGGGCGAGGCCGCGGGCGGCUGCGGGUGCUGGGCGCCGGGCGCAGGGCAGCGCGAGGGCAGAGGCGCGCGGGGCAAUGGCCAGUGCGGGGGCCACGGUGAGCGCGAUGGUUGGCCGGGAUGGCAGGGGCGAACGGGGCGCCGGUCCAGGCACGGCGAGCGUAGGCGGUGAGGGAGACGGUUAG